AUGCCCCUUCGCGCAAAGAUAGACGAGUUAAAGCUUCCAAACAUGGCCGCGACAAAUGGCACUGAGAAGCCAAAAACCGGAAUCAAGAUCAUAAUCGUCGGCGCAGGUUUCGGCGGCCUCACCGCAGCCAUUGAAGCAAAACGACAAGGCCACGACCCCGUAAUCUACGAAGCGUUCCCAGAGCUCAAAGUUCUCGGAGACAUCAUUUCCUUCGGACCCAAUGCGGGCCGCAUUUUCUACCGCUGGAACGAUGGCGAGAUCACGCGGAAGAUGCGCGCUCUGUCCAUCGAUCUUUCUUCGUAUGGUUUCAAUAUUCACAAGUACGACACGGGCGAGAUCGUGGUAAAUCAGAAGACGCCGAUGAAGGACGAGAAGGCGCCUGUGUUCAAUGGUCACCGCGGCGAAUUGCAUGAGAUUGUGUUCAACUACGCUAAGGAGAUUGGGGUUCCGAUUCAUCUGGGUCACCGGGUGGAGAAUUACUGGGAAGAUGAGAAGAGCGCGGGGAUUCUGCUGGAAGAUGGGACAAGAGUCGAAGCAGAUGUUGUCGUCGGUAGCGAUGGCGUGCGAAGUAAAGCAAGGACAUUGGUCUUAGGCUACGAGGACAAACCAAAGUCAUCUGGUUAUGCUGUCUGGAGAGCAUGGUUCUCUAAUAAAGACAUGCUUGCCGAUCCUGAGACGGCGCAUUUCUGCAACAAUGGCGAUACUUUCAACGGAUGGAUUGGCCCGGAUGUUCACUUCCUCUUCAGCACAAUCAAAAACGGAUCCGACUGCUGCUGGGUGCUAACCCACCGCGACGAAGCCGACAUCGCCGAAUCCUGGUCUUUCCCAGGCCAUCUCAAAGACGUCUACAAAGUCCUUGAAGGAUGGGACCCUAUGUGCAAGAAGAUCGUAUCCAAGACCCCUGAAGAGAAGCUCGUGGACUGGAAGUUGGUGUACCGAGACCCAUUGCCUACGUGGGUUUCUGGCUACGGAAAGGCCCCAGGUCACGGAAGGAUCUGCCUACUGGGUGAUUCGGCGCAUCCGUUCCUGCCGACGAGUGCGCAGGGUGCUACACAGGCUCUUGAAGAUGGUGUUGCGCUCGCUAUUUUGCUGCGGAAAGCGGGUAAGAGUAACAUCAGGGGUGCGCUUCGUGCAUUCCAAGAAGUUAGAUAUGAGCGCGUGGGUAAAGUCCAGAAGACAGGAGAAACUACACGAGACAUGUGGCAUAAGACAGACUGGGCGAAGGUAAAGGAUAAUCCUGAGAGCAUUCAGUUGCCACGUGAGGACUGGAUAUUCGGCUUUGAUCAGGAGAAGUAUACAGAGGAGAAUGGGGAUGAUAUCAUUCAAAAGGUGUCCGCGGCUGCGUAG